AACUAACCCACUAUAUAAUUGAAUUUAUAUUUAUAAAAAGCAAUUGUUUUGUUGUGCCGUUUUUUUUAAACCCUCUCUCCCUCUCUCUUCCCAUCGGAAAUUUUCUUCUCCGGCAAAUCGCCGUCUCCGACGACCGUUUCCCACCGGAAAAAGGCUAUAGUGACUGACUGUUGCUACUACUGAAUGACUAAGCCCAUGCCUGCUACGAAGAAGAGUGCUAUGGGGCAUGUAUUCAACAAAUUAACAAGCGAAAUUGGAGAUCCUGUUGACUUUGAACUACCAGAUUGGUUGAGUAAAUGGCAACCCACAGCCACACCUUAUACCUGGAUAAGGCGUAAUAUAUACCUCACCAAGAAGGUUAAGCGGCGACCGGAAGAUGAUGGUAUAUCUUGUUCCUGCAGUUCAACAGCAGGAUCUUCGGACGUGUGUGGCAGGGAUUGUGAUUGUAGCAUUCUAUGGUCUAGCUGCUCCUCGAGAUGUAAAUGUGGGAGUUCUUGUCUGAAUAAACCAUUCCAUCAGCGUCCUGUGAAAAAGAUGAAAAUAGUGAAGACUGAGAAAUGUGGCUGUGGGAUUCUAGCAGAUGAAGAUAUCAAGAAAAAAGCGUUUGUCAUAGAGUAUGUUGGCGAAGUUAUUGAUGACAAAACAUGUGAAGAGAGACUUUGGAAAAUGAAGCACAGUGGCGAAAAGAAUUUUUACUUGUGUGAGAUCAAUAGGGACAUGGUUAUUGAUGCCACUUACAAGGGAAACAAAUCCAGAUACAUCAAUCAUAGCUGUUGUCCAAAUACUGAGAUGCAAAGAUGGAUGAUUGAUGGUGAGACAAGAAUUGGCAUUUUUGCAACACGUGACAUUAAAAAGGGCGAGCAACUGACCUACGAUUAUCAGUUUGUUCAAUUUGGUGCAGACGAAGAGUGCCACUGUGGGGCUGCGGAAUGCAAGCAAAAGCUGGGAAGUAAACCCAACAAAUUAAAACAGCUCUUUUUGGAUGCUGCUGCUUCAGAUGCUGCGUUAAAGCUUGUGGCUAGUCAGGUGGCCGCCGCCUCUACCAAAGAGAAAGCAUCUGUAUCUGAAAAACAGGAUGAGCAGACUGGAGAUCCUCCAAAAGGAAGUUCAAAUUGCGACUCUGUUCCGGGAAUCCAGCAUCCUCGUAACUGCAUAGGUCAAGUUGUAAGAAUAAUUGGCGCUUCUGAACCAAGGGACUUUGGAGUCGUACAACGGUUUGACAGCGUCACCAAAAAACAUUUGAUCAUGUUUGGAGAUGGUAGCAGGGAGUACAUCGACAUGUCAAAAGAAGAUUGGGAGUUUUGUGACUGUGGAUCUGAUUCUGAUUAAUCAGGUCUUAGCUGUCGGGAGAAAGUUAUACAUGAUUCAACCUCAGUUUAGCCGAUAUGCGGCUUGUUCUUACAAUCUGAAAUUGCAAAGGGUCCUCUAUCUUUGCUCCUGUUGGACCAAAAUGUGCAAGUUUACUUUUUACAAUUUCUUUUUUUAGCAUAGUCUGGUGAUAGCAUCAGUACACUUCUGGUGAUUGAAGUUCUGAUGAUUCUUUCCCAUUUAUAAGCACAAGCAAAUGUAACAUUGAUGUCCCUGUAAAAUAAUUUAACUUUGUGGAUCAUAAUACAUUGAGUAGUGUCGAGACAAA